AUGGAUAUAAUAAAAAAUUGCAAGAAAGAAAUUGAUAAUAAUAAUAAUGAUGAUAAGGCUCCCAUAUGGAUUCAAACAAUAAAAUUACAAUUAUUUUGGAUGAAAAAAUAUCGUUUAAAAGAAGAAAUAAAAAAAAUACAUCACGAAACAAUAUUUAAAAACGUGUUGCCAAUAUUUUCCGACAUAGUCGAUGAAAGUUAUAAAAAAAUUGUCAACAAGAUACACCUUUAUAGGAAAAUUGUUAUUUUUGUCAUAAUGUUUGCCGGAUUGGGAUUACCAACGGAAGAAUCGAUUAUUAUAGAAACUCAAGCUGCUUUGCAAAGUAUAUUUAAAAAUUCAGAAAUGGAUAAUUUCAUUAUGCUGAACAAACAUUCGAAAGAACAUCAAUUAAUUGAAUUUGCACGACUCGUUACAGGCAUACGUCUUUUUAAUAAGGAUUGUAAAAAGGGAGGAGAAGGAAUCGAUGAUCUGCCCAUGAUAUUGUCACAGGGUGUUAAAGCAACCAAAGAAAGAGUUGCGCGUUUUAAAAACGAUUUAAAUGAAAAAAUUAAUUGUUUUGUAAAUGGCGGAUUUAAAAUCUACGAUUUGAAUAAUUUAGAUGAUAAAAUAAAAUUACGCCAUUUUGAAAAUGUUGAAAAUAUUAAAAACGGUUUGAUUUAUCUAAGGCAAAUUGAAAUAUCGUUAAAGGAUAUCAUUAGGGAUUUAAACGAUUCGUCGAUGAUAAUAGAUGAACUUAUAUUAAAAUUACAAUCUUACCUUUUAAAAAUCCACGAUGUUGUUAAAUAUAGGGUAGCCGUUGCAACGGUUCAAGUUUUCCCUCUUUUCCUCCAAUUGAGUAACGUUUGGGUUCAAAUGCAAGAAGAAAUUGACGUACUAAGUGAAAUCAAUAAUAAUUUCGUUGAACUUUCGUCUUAUAUGGAGAUAUCGUUAUUUUCGACUGAUUUAAAUACGUUUUUACCAGUAGAAAUCAACGAUUCGAUUAUACAAGAUACUCCCGAAUUUUAUCCCGGUGUUAAAAUUUAUUCGAUGAAAAAUUUAGCAGAAGACAACAUUGUGUUGGAAUAUAACGGAUUUUGUGCUUGGACUUUGUCACACACAAAUGGAUUUUUACUCACCGGAAAUGUAUCAAUCGGUAUUAUGGAAUUUGAUAAUCGUUAUUAUUCAUUUUAUUCACCGGAAGCGAGUUACAAAUGGGCUAAAGAUCCAAUACGUUACAUAAAAUCAAUUUUUACAAUCGUUAGGAUCAAAGUGGAUUUAAUUAAUAUUUUAAACAUGAGAAAAGAUUUAGAAGAUUAUGGAAGGGAAAUGUUGAAAUUUAAUGAGGAACCUAAGAGGGCAAAUGUCGAAGUUCAAACAGAACUUCAUCCCAUUGAAUCAAACAUAAAUAAAAAUCACACGUUUAGCGAAUGGGAGUUAAAGAAAAGAGCUGUGAAAAUAGCAAAUUUAACGAAAUGUCAAACUAAAUCCCAACAAACGAUUCGUUUGAAACGAGAUUUUUGUAUUCAAAUUACUCCAGUUAUGGAUAAAAAUAUACAAACUUUAACGGACAAAUCUUGUAAUCAUGACCAUUUUUCAAAAGCCUUUGUAAACCCCUCAAUGUGUUGUAAUUGA